AUGCAGCGGGUCCACAGUGACAACUUUUCACCGUUUAGGCAGUGUCAAAACUGUCUAAAUUUCGGACACACAAAGAGCCGCUGCCCCAACACCACACCCACAUGCGCCAAGUGCUCCGCUCACCAUCCUACAGCGGAGUGCAAGGCCGAAGUACACAACUGCACCAAUUGCGCAGAACAUAACAAACAAUUCAACACCAACACCGGCACUCUACACCGCGCCGACUCAGACAAAUGCCCCAAAGUUACAGCCAUGCGCUCUGAGGGACCUUCGCUGGUCAUAUCGGGCGAAGGCUUUAAUAACAUACAGGAAUUAUUAACACAUAUAAAAAACACAAUAGACUUUAGACGCGGCGGCUAUGCGCCCCUACGCAUAGUCCCGCUGUCAAAUAAAAAACUAAAAAUUGUAUUCGCAAACGAACAAAACAAAGCGCACUCUCUCGCGGCAAUAAAAACGUCUAAUACAAUCAAAGCACACGAGGAGCGGAGGUACAACCCUCUCAUAGCGGUCAAGGGCAUCUCUAAAGAGAUCCCCGAAACUGAAAUUAUACAAACAAUCAAAGAUCAAAAUCCCACUCUCCGCACACUAGAAUUUAAUACCAAAUUUAUACAGAGAAACAGAAAUGAAAAACUAUAUAAUAUAGUUAUCGACACCACACCCACUGCGUGGAGAGCUUUCGUGGACUUGGGCCGCGUCAAUGUGGCGUACCAACGGGUGCACGUGGAGGACUUUGGGCGCUUCAUGCAAUGCAGGAAGUGCCAAGGCUUCGGACACUCUCAAUCGAGGUGUCCCGCCACGGCCCCCACAUGCGCAAAAUGCGCUAGCUCACUGCAUAUUACAUCAGAGUGCAGCGCCCCGAGCACUGAAACCCCCCGUUGUGUAAACUGUCACGAACACAACGCCCGUUUCAACGGAAGCUCCCCUAUUAACCACCGUGCCGACAGUGACAAGUGCCCCAAAUCCAACACGGACGGGAGAACGAAGGCCUGCAUUUACACCAAGGCAAGCAUCAACGCAUUUGCGCUGUCACAAUACUGCACAAAUAAUUUAAUAAUCAUCGUAAUACCUACACCUACAAUAAAACUUUACGUCGCCUCAAUAUACAUUGAGCCCGACAACGACGCACACGACACUAUGCAUGCGCUUGAACACUUCCUACAUAACCACAAAAACACACAUACUUUGGUUUGCGGGGACUUUAAUGCCUGGCACUCAAGUUGGGGAGGUCACAGAUAUAAUCGAAAGAAUAAAAGAGGAGACGAAUUACUCGAUCUCAUGGCAUCUACAGACAUGUACAUUUGUAACGUCGGAGAAAUACCGACGUUUGAAACAGUAACACACGGACGCCCCCGCUCCUCUAUCAUUGACCUAACACUAGCAUCAGCCUCUACACACAACCAAAUAUACAAUUGGAAAACAAAUAAACACUUAUUCCCUUCAACACAACAUAAUAUAAUUACCUUUAACAUCAACUGUAAUAGCGCGCCCAUACCAACGGCGAACAACAACAGCACAUUCCGCUAUCAAACCAAAAACGCCAACUGGCACCAAUUCAAAGAAGCCUUACACACACACAUGAUAAACACAGACAUACUUGACACAAAUAUUUCAGCACUGGGGCCGGACGAAAUCGACAACUUCAUUACACAAAUCAGCGACACAGUAAAUAAAGCCUGCACAGAGACUUUUCCGACUAAAACGGGGACCCCGAAAAUAAGGGCCCCGUUCUGGAACGAAGAGCUCAACACACUUAAAAACAAAUGCAUCACUAUACAUAGAAAAUUACACAAAUUCCGCCGGCACCAAAACAACAACCCACCUCCUACACUCAUACACGAAUACACAGAAAACAAAACUAAAUACAGAGAGGCGCUACAAAAGGCGUCUACCACGGCGUUUAAAAGCUUCUGCGAGGCACAGGGCAGAGAGGACGUAUGGGGCAUCACCAACAGACUCCUCAAAAAUACCACUAAUAUACAAAUGGGGACACUUAAGAUAGGCAAUAAAUUCACCACCAGCGAACAGGAAACAGCUCAAGAGCUACUAAACCAUUUUUAUCCUAGUGUCAAGCCAGACACCCAACCUAGCCACAGCAAGUUAAGAGACGACUCCGGUGUCUUGCCUAAUACUCGGGAUGAACCUCCAUUUACUCAACAAGAAAUACUUGACGCGAUUAGUUCCAUAAACCACAACAAAGCCCCUGGCAAUGAUCACUUAACCAGCGACAUAUGCCAGGUCUUUGCACAAACUUAUCCAGUACUUAUAACAAACAUUUACAACCAAUGCCUACACAAAACUUACUUUCCACUAAAAUGGAAAGAAGCCAUAAUUAAAAUCAUACCCAAACCUAACAAAAACAACUACACUGAACUUACAUCUUUUCGGCCAAUAGGCCUUAUUCCAGUAUUCGGCAAGGCGCUGGAGAAACUCUUUACCAAGCGGUUAACAUACAACGCGCAUAAACUUAAACUAUUGAACCAAUCCCAAUUCGGCUUCACCGAGCAAACAAGCACAACGCAUGCAAUAAACAGAGCGAUUGACAAUAUUAAAAUGGCAAAAACAAACAAACAUCAAGUACUCGCCAUAUCAUUAGAUAUCAAAGGAGCAUUUGAUAACGCGUGGUGGCCUGCCGUAUACGACGGACUGCGGCAUAUCAAAUGCCCCAACAACAUAUUCAAAUUAAUCACUAACUACUUAACCGAUAGGAAAGUCACAGUCAGACUCGGCAAUAGCCAAAUCACCAAAACCACAGAAAAAGGCUGCAUUCAGGGAUCUGCUUGCGGUCCAAUUCUAUGGAAUAUACUAAUCAACGACCUACUUAAUAAAACUCUUCCCCCACACUGCUCAAUACAAGCAUACGCUGACGAUGUAUUACUUAUAGUUUCUGCUAAAGACACCUCCACGCUAACCCUACACGCCAACUCUGCCCUAGACACCAUUGCACAGUGGGGUCAAAAAGUCAAAUUACAAUUUGGCCCCGACAAAACUCAGUGCGUUGCGUUCACGCCCACAGCGGCACUCUGCCGCCUUAGGUUCGAACGCACUGAACUAAAAUUCAACAAUAGUUUUAAAUAUUUAGGAGUUACAAUUGACAAUAAAUUUACAUACAAAGAACAUAUUCAAUCCACCUUGCAAAAAGCACAUAACCUAUUUAACAAAUUAAUCAUAUAUACACGUCCCACCUGGGGACCACACCCAGAUAAUAUUAAAACCAUAUACAAACAAGUCAUACAACCCAUCAUAACUUACGCGGCAGGGAUCUGGGGUCACAUAGCGGGGAAAAAAUAUAUCAAAAAACAACUUCUUAGCUUACAAAGGAAAUUUUCUUUGCGGAUAAUAAGAGGAUUCCGCACUAUAUCUACUAACGCGGCUAUCGCCUUGGCACAACUCACUCCCUUAGACCUUAAAAUAACCGAAGUGGCGGAGCUAGAGAACAUUAGGAUACACAGAACCACACACAGACUCCCUUCAGACAUACCAUUAGAAACACCCGUACCCAUAACAGAACUACUACACCCAGCCGAGCGCAUCACUAUUAAUACUAUCUCCACAGAACAAUUUAAUAACAACAAAAAAUACGAUAAAUACACACACAUAUACACGGACGGGAGUAAGCACGAGGAUGAAUCAACAGGUGCCUCACUCGUCGCCUACAACCCUAACGAUAACACACACACGCCUGCCAUCACCAAAACAUUCAAACUUCACCGAACAAGCUCGGUAUUCCAAGCAGAACUCUUUGCAAUAAGGAAAGCAUGUAUACACAUACAAAAUAACAAUAUAACACAUGCCAUUAUUCACACAGACUCGCAAUCAAGCUUAGCAGCACUAAGACAAAGAUCUAACACCAACCCAAUUGUAGCGAGCAUACACAAAAUAUUAAAAAACAUCAAAACAACACACAUAGACACAAUAACGUACUUCCAUUGGGUUAAGGGACACUCGGGCAUCACAGGCAACGAGGCCGCAGACAAGGCAGCCAACCGGGCCGCUAAGUCUCAUAGAGAACCUGAAAUGAUUUCCUGCCCCAUAUCAUAUAUUAAAAAUAUAAUUAAAAAAGACACUAAACACAAGUGGGAGAUGAGAUACGCCCAAGAACCAGGCGGAAGCCAUACCAAAAUCCUUUUUCCUAAACUAAAUGACAUAAACAUAUUCUUUAACGCCAUACCCAUCUCUUUUCACAUGACACAAUUCAUCACAGGGCACUCCUUUGCAAAACAAUACCUUCAUAGAUUCCACAUUACCGACAAUGAUACUUGUCCAUGCGACGACACAUCGACACAAGACCUAGAACACCUAACCACGCAUUGCCCCAGUAUGAACUUUGAAAUACUUAACAAUAGUAAUAUACCCACUUUUGACACUGUGAGGGGGGGAAAAAGCUACAGAAGUUACGUGGACAUUACUGCAUGCACCGCGGACCUAUUAGCGGUCAUAGACGAGUGGAGUGUUGAGGAAGGACUGGUGAGCUCCGACCACAACGGUAUCACGUUUAAUAUGAGACUCGAGAAAUCAGAAGGAAGGAAAACAGAACGGACCACCAGAAAGUACAAUACCAGAAAGGCAAACUGGUCACUCUUUGAACAACGAUUAUCUGAGCUCUUGGAAGAAGCUCAAGUUAAUACAGAAAAUAUCAACAAAGUAAGCAAUAAGAAACAGCUAGAGGAGAUGGUAGGAAAAUAUACAGAAGCAACGAUCGCAGCCACAAAAGAAGCCAUUCCAGAAGUAAAGAAGAGACCAACAAACACCUUGCCUUGGUGGAACGACGAGCUGGAAAAAGAAGAAAAAUGGUUAGGACAAGAAAAAGGCGCAUCAGAUGCGCGGCACAAGUUCGCAGGAAUAAGGUAG